AUGUCUUCGGCUCCCGAUGACCCCAGUACCCCCACGGCGUCUGCGCCGAGCGGCGCCGACUCUGCCUCUCCCGCCGUCACCAUCGAUCACACCGCGUUCCCUUACAUCAUCGACCAGAUCCUCGGAUACACCUCGUACGACGAGUGGAUUGUACUCCGCCAGACCUCGCGCGAGUUCCACGACCGCAUCGACCCUCUCCUGUGGCGCCACGUUCACAUCGGUAGCUACGGCCACCUGUACGCUGGACCCGAAGGAGGCCGCGGUACCAGCAAGAAGUGCCUCCCUCGCCUGAAGUUCGAAGACACCUCUCUUGAUCGUAUUUCCGCCGUCCUCAAGCACGUUGCGAUCCUUGAUGGCGACUGUGGCUGUGGGUCCCAGCUGCCCAUCGAUGUCGCCACAGUCUUCGCAAAGCUCCGUCUCGUUCGCCACCGUUUCGGUUAUCUGGAGGGCAUUAGUGUCCCUAAGCUUGUUACGUGGGAGUAUUUCCCAUGCGUCUUUACCUGUGACGACAAGUGGGGGGAGAUGGUCAGCGAGGGUCUCGCCGAGCUCAAGAACGUCCGCCACCAUGUGCUCCACUUCGGUUACGACAAGCGGUCCGCCGUGAUUCCACCUUUCGGCAUGGUCAAAAACUGGGCUGAGCUCGAGAAGGCCACGUUCAUCUUCACCGAGGACCGUCGGAAGCGUUUCGGUUUUGGGAAGGAUGACGGCAUUCUCAGCGCCGAGGACAUCGAGUAUGCAGAGUGGCUCGCCGAAAACCCGCCUGACGAGGAGACGCAAUCUGGCCGUCGCUCUCCCCUGGACGAAAUUGGUAGCCUUCUCCAGCUGCUUGGCGUCGAGGACGACAAGGACGAGCCCAUCUCGCCAACUGUCGAAAUCACUCUGGUCGGCCUCGACGAAUUCAUUGAUGUGGGCGCCCUCGCCACCAAGGCCGAGAAGAAGAAGAACGUCCACCCACACGUGAUCCUGAGCAAGACGAUGGCGUACGUCAUGAAGAACUACUUUGUCUCUCCGGCACGCACCAAGCAAAUCAUGAGCCAGAUCAAGCUCAUGACUCACCAAGAGUACGCCGACGAGAUUGGUCUUGACGAGUAUUGGCUCGAGACCCGCGAGGAUGCCCAGGCGCCCGUGGUCGAGGCGUAA